UGAGUGUUGAUUAAGGCAACCUUGUGUCUCACUUUCCUCAGCACAUUGGAUACACAAGCAACUGGGAAGCUGAACAACUAAAUCCAAGCUUUUCCCAACGAAAUCUAUGGCGGCCUCCGUCGAAAACCGCCAGUUUCGCCACGAACUUGGUGUAUCCGCCGCUGGAGUUGUUCGUUCUUUCAGUCCUAACCACCGGCGUUCUGAUUCACCCAUCCGUGGAUACAACUAUCCCGCUGCUGCUAGAGAGUUUAUGACGCCUAAGAAGCUCCCCCCUGAGACUUACGAUUCUAGUGAGGAUGAGGAAGAUGAAGGACACUAUCGUGAUGCCAUUAAAAAGUCCAACUCCGAGUUGGAAAGCUCCGUUUUUGAUUCAAGAGAUCAGGGCACUGCGGAUCAAUGGAUCGAGCGCAACCCAUCAAUGGUUCGACUCACCGGAAAACACCCGUUCAACUCCGAGCCACCUUUGACUAAGCUCAUGCAACAUGGGUUCAUCACUCCUGCUCCUCUUCAUUACGUCCGCAACCAUGGUCCAGUCCCGAACGCCAGCUGGGAAGAUUGGACGGUGGAGAUAUGUGGUUUAGUUAAACGACCUGCGCGUUUCAGCAUGACUCAGCUUGUCAACGAGUUUCCCAGCAGGGAGUUUCCGGUGUCGUUAGUCUGCGCCGGAAACCGCCGGAAAGAGCAGAAUCUAACAAAACAAACCAUAGGGUUCAACUGGGGCGCUGCCGGGAUAUCGACUUCGGUUUGGAAAGGGGUGCCAUUGGUCAGCAUCUUGAAAAGAUGUGGGAUUUACAGCCGGAAGAAAGGCGCACUCAACGUGUGCUUUGAGGGGGCGGAGGAUCUCCCUGGCGGCGGUGGUUCAAAAUACGGGACCAGCAUAAAGAUUGAGGUUGCAAUGGAUCCGGCGAGGGAUAUCAUAUUGGCUUACAUGCAAAACGGGGAAAAGCUGUUGCCUGAUCAUGGAUUCCCGGUGAGGAUGAUUAUUCCGGGAUGCAUCGGUGGUAGGAUGGUGAAGUGGUUGAAGCGUAUCAUAGUAACGACGCCGGAGUCGGAGAAUUAUUACCACUUCAAAGACAACCGUGUGUUGCCGUCGCAUGUGGAUGCGGAGUUAGCCAACUCCGAAGGUUGGUGGUAUAAGCCAGAAUACAUCAUCAACGAGCUCAACAUAAACUCGGUGAUUACAACACCUUGUCACGAAGAGAUUUUGCCCAUAAAUUCAUGGACUACUCAAAGACCUUACACCUUGAGAGGCUAUGCAUAUUCAGGAGGUGGGAAGAAAGUGACACGUGUCGAAGUAACAAUGGAUGGAGGAGAGACUUGGAAUGUUUGUACAUUGGAUCAUAAAGAGAAGCCAACAAGAUACGCCAAAUAUUGGUGUUGGUGUUUUUGGUCGCUAGAAGUUGAAGUUUUGGACCUUCUUGGUGCCAAAGAGAUAGCGGUACGAGCAUGGGAUGAGACACUCAACACCCAACCAGACAAGCUUAUUUGGAAUCUAAUGGGUAUGAUGAACAACUGUUGGUUCCGAGUGAAGACCAACAUGUGCAAACCACAUAAAGGCGAGAUUGGUAUUGUAUUCGAGCACCCAACACAACCAGGAAACCAGUCCGGUGGAUGGAUGGCACGUGAGAAACACCUUGAGAUUUCAUCAGAAUUAGCAAACCCAACUCUCAAGAAGAGUGUAUCAUCUCCAUUCAUGAACACCACUUCUUUAACCUUCACCAUGUCUGAAAUCAAGAAACACAACUCCGCUGACUCUGCAUGGAUCGUCGUCCAUGGCCACAUCUAUGACUGCACUUCCUUCCUGAAAGAUCAUCCAGGUGGCAGUGACAGCAUACUCAUCAAUGCUGGAACUGAUUGCACAGAAGAGUUUGAUGCAAUCCAUUCAGACAAAGCCAAGAAACUGUUGGAGGAGUACAGAAUCGGUGAGCUCAUAACGAUGGGUUACAGUUCGGAUUCUGCUGCAUCAUCACCAAAUAACUCCGUCCAUGGUGCCACCAAUUACAUCACGUCACAUUUAGCCACCAUCAAAGAAAUUGCACCCACAAGAAACGUAGCCUUAGUCCCUCGUGAAAAGAUCCCAUGCAAACUCGUUUCAAAAACAUCUGUUUCUCAUGACGUGAGGCUAUUCCGGUUUGCUCUCCCAUCAUCAGAUCAAGUUCUUGGGUUACCGGUAGGGAAACACAUCUUUGUAUGCGCCACCGUUGAUGAUAAGUUGUGUAUGAGGGCAUACACACCAACAAGCACCAUUGAUGAAGUUGGCUACUUCGAGUUGCUAGUUAAAAUCUACUUCAAAGGUGUUGAACCUAAGUUUCCAAAUGGAGGAAUCAUGUCGCAAUAUCUAGAGUCGAUGACAAUAGGUUCUUCAUUGGAAAUCAAAGGUCCAUUGGGUCACAUCGAGUACAUGGGCAGGGGGACAUUUUCAGUUCAUGGCAAACAAAAGUUUGCCAGGAAAUUAGCCAUGUUUGCAGGAGGAACGGGGAUCACACCGAUAUAUCAAGUGAUGCAAGCGAUCUUGAAGGAUCCGGAGGAUGAUACAGAGAUGUAUGUGGUGUAUGCAAAUCGUACGGAAGAUGACAUAUUGUUGAGGGAAGAACUAGAUGCAUGGGCAGAUAAGUACGGAGAAAGGGUGAAGGUGUGGUAUGUUGUUGCUAAGUCGAUAAGAGAAGGGUGGAAAUACAGUGAAGGGUUCAUCACUGAGGAUAUAAUGAGAGAACAUAUUCCAGAGGUUUCUGAAGAUACAUUGGCUUUGGCUUGUGGACCACCACCCAUGAUUCAGUUCGCAAUCAACCCUAAUUUAGAAAAGAUGGGUUAUGAUAUCAAGAAUUCUUUGUUGGUGUUUUAGAAGUUCUUGUUGCAUUGUUAUAUUGGAGGUCGGUUAAAUUUUUAUUUCAAAAAUAAGAAAAAGGUCAUAUAUGUACAUAUACUUGUAUUUGUAAUCAUGUUUCUCU